AUGUCGACCGUGAUCGAAAGCGAGGCUGCCUUUAAUCAGAGAUGUGCUGAAGCUUCGAAGGAUGCGACUCUGCAUACCAAGUUGGUGGCACAAGGCAUCCGGUGCUUCAAGACAUUGGCUUUCGCGAUAGGGUCGCCUCAGCAGCCGCCUACGGAGGCUCAGUUUGAUGAAUUCAGUGUGAAGGUGUACGGAGCUGCUCCUACCAUGGGGCAAACCGCAAUCUUGCGGCAUCUGCACUUCGAAGCCACGACUCUAGUGGUUCAGACUUACCGGGACAUGGUCACCCACGACCCGUCUGAUCCAUCGCAUACCAGGAAGGUUCCGGUCCCUGAAAAACGGGCCAGGCUGGAAUUCCAGAGGCGGCGACUUUCAGGAAUGGAAAUUUCUGGAGAGCUUGAGCCUUCGCAUCAGCUUCUUGACUUAGCAAAUCAGCAAUACGAGUCCGGAGUUCUUACUUGGAUCCCUGCGUCGAAAUGUGCCAAGAGGGAAGCUGAGGUCCUUGCAUUGGGCAAGGAUAGGAGCUCCUUGUUGCAGGUGGAGCAAAACGUCAUAAAGGUGGGGCCUGGUGACCGGGCUAUCGCUUGUGAUGUUUCGGAUCCUCUGCGUUUUCAGUGGGCCAUGAUGCGAAGAGGCAUAGCAUUUGACAACUGUCACCUUCUAUCUUGGGAUGUGCAUCAGAGGUGGGUUCAGAAGAUGCUGGAUUGCCUUUCAGCAACCCCGCCACCGAGUUAUAGCCCAGUCAGUUUGAAUCAAUGCAUGCGUGCGGAUAAGGAGCUUUUUCUGCUAUUGGCCAGGGAGGCUGCGCCUCCUUUCAAGGUGGACUCGCUCGGGGUUUCGCCGCUUGAUGCAAAGUUUUCAGCAAUGAUGUAUGAUGUCCGUCUUCAGCAGUUCCUGUUGCCGCUUCCGAAGCAGACAGCCCCUGUCUUGGCAGUGCCUGUGGAUGAUGGGGCGGAGAGCUGCUCUCUUAAGACUGAGAAGUGCAAGGGAGGGCUUAAGUGUGUCCGCGGCCUUCACAUCUGUGCGAAGUGUCAUAGGCCGGGGCAUUCAGCAGUGUCGUGCAAAGCCAAGGCGCAAGAUGAGGACUGCACUGUUGGUGCAGCAGCCGCUGGAGAGCAGACUAAGCCGUUGGUGUACCGUGCUCUUGAGCAGGUGCGGGGACCGGCGGAAGGGUCAAUCUUGAAUGAUAAAACACUUCUUCAAGAGAAGUUGCAAGCGUUGAAGGCGAGGGCUCUUGCCUCGAUGAAGUCGCAGGUCGAGCCGAGGAAAUCUCCUUGUGAAGGCCUGGCGCAAAUUUCACCCAAGCCCAGCGGUCAGCUGGAAGUGCCAAUGGCAGUGUCACCUGAUACCCCUAAAUUUGGUUCUAGUCCUCGCCCAAAUAGGCCGCAGUUCACUGAUCCUGAAGCUCUUGCGAAGUUUCUCUUGCGGCAGCCGUCGUGCUUGACAGCCAGUGCAGCUCUGGAUCUUUUGGAGCUUUUGCCUCAGGAGGCGCAAAAUCCUCCUAGGGCAUUUCAGGGAUCGGGUGGAGCCCGAUUCAGCAUGGGCGUCUACCGGCGUGGCGGGAUUUUGGGGUUGCAUAGGACUAUGGACAUGUUCCCGUUUUCUAUUAAGGUUUUCAACCUGCUUGUGAGUCGGGUGUGCCCUGCAUUCAGUUACUCUUCACUUGCAGUCCAUGAAAAUCUUGCCUCAGGUUUGCACCGCGACGAGAACAAUCGUGAUGGCCCUACAUUGUUGGUGCCUUUGACGGACUUUGAGAACGGUGAACUUUGGUUUCAGAAGGUUGGAGGUGAUGUCGCUUCGUUGAAUGACCCUUCUUUGGAGGGAUGCCUGCUUGAUGUGGCCGCAGGCCCCACCUUUUUCUCGAAGCCUAAAGAUUUUCAUGAGACUAGGCCGUGGAAAGGUCGCAGAGUUGUCAUGCUUGCUUAUUCGGUGCGUCAGUGCGAGGAGCUCCGGCCUGAAUUACGAGCUGUCGCUGAGCGGCUCGGGUUUUCUGUGUCUCCGUUGGGUUUAGGCCCUUUUGUGGUUUCCUGGGACCCUAGGUGCCUCUCCCCUGUUAGGCCGUCACAGCGUGAUGCCAGCAGUGUCCGGCAGUCGGCGGCGGGAAUGUACUUCGUUGAGUUGUGUGCUGGGACAGCCGUUCUUAGUAAGGCAGCUGCAAAGUUAGGCUUCAGGCCUUUUGCAGUUGAUUCCUCUAGAAAGAGGGCUGGUGAACAAGCUGUCAUCAUGGAUUUGAGUGAUCCAGCUCAGGCUGAAGCAGUUGUCGAUUUCUUGCGAGUUGAGUAUCAUCACGUCAUCUGUGUUUUCAUCUCACCUCCGGUGGGCACCGCAUCUUUCAUGCGUGAACGCCGUAAGCCGGGUUCUGUUGAACUUGAUUUGAAGAUGCCAAAUGCUUUGAGGUCGGCGUUGCAUCCGGAUGGCUUGCCGACUUUGCGUGGUCGUGAUAAACUCCAGGUUGAGCGUGCAAAUCAACUGUUUGAUCAGCUUGCAAACAUUGCAUGUGAGGCUUGUGAUCUUGGCAUUCUGACAGUCUUGGAGAGUCCUUCUAACAGCCGUUAUUGGGACACUUCUUUCUGUGCUCAGGUGACCAAUCAUGUGCAGGGUCACUUUGUGAAAUUUCAUGCCUGUGUGCAUGGGGGUCACAGGCCCAAGUUGAUGCAGCUUUGGUCGUCACAGGACGUUUUCGGCAUGCUUGCGGGUCGCUGUGACGGGUCACACGAGCACAAACCGUGGCGACCUUUCAUUUCGAAAAGGAAGCGGGUGAGCUUCAUCACAGCAGAUGAACCCGAAUUUCCCCCGCUCCUCGUCGAUCGUAUCCUUGGUUGCAUCGUUCAUGCGCAUCCCAGCUUGUCCUUCGGGCCACGUGUGCUUGCGCAGGCAAUACAGGAUCCUUCUGCGAAUGUCGCCCGGAUCAAUCUGGGCACUCAACCCAGGGGCAACUCCUUGCCUUCGCUUGUGUGGGAGUUUGACACUACGUUGGAUUUCGUUGUGCCAGUGCAAUGUGACAAGCCGUUGGAAGCUGUGCUUUCUUCCCUUCCAAAGGGAUCCAGAAUCUUCUCGAGACGUGUGUGUGAGUGGGGUUCGCUGAAGAGUCUCCUCGAAGGAGUUGGCAAGCCAAAAACAAACAUCGUGGGCUUGGACCCUUUGCAUCCGCCUGCUUGUGCAGAGCUUGUGCAAGUAGGUGUACCGUGCUCUGAAGAGGUCUUUGUUGCGAGAGCUAUUGCGGCAGGCCACCCACGGUCCUUGGCAGUCCAUGUUGAGCCUUUCGUCACCGUCAGUGCACGUGCUAACUUUGAGGCUCCUCCGGCAGAACUUGCGUCCUUCAGGAUUGAUGCAAUGAAGUUUUGGAUUGGUCGUGCAGGGGCCCUAAAGGAAAAGGAGCAGGAACUUCACCAAAAUCUCCCUGAUCACCUGCGGCCCAUACUUAAAGGAAAGAAGCUCUUGCUUCUCCAAGAGAUGAUGAGAGCCGCAGGGUGUGAGGAUGUCGACCUUGUUUCUGAUAUAUGCCAAGGUUUCAAGUUGUCGGGCUGGCUUCCCGCGUCGGGUGAGUUUGUGCAGAGGUCCAGACGGCCCAAAUUCAGUGUCGAGACGUUGGGAGUUUUGUCGAAGGGCUUGAACAAAGCGACCUUGCAAAAGCUGUCCAGGAGGCAGGAUUCCGAAAUUGAAGAAUCCACCUGGGUUGAAACCCAAAAGGAGAUUGACUCAGGUUGGGUGUGGCUUGAGGAAGGGCCGGUUCCUGAGAUGGUCUCGAUUGCUAUGCGCUUCGGAAUCAUGCAGAACAAAUUGAGGGUCAUUGAUGACCUUUCUUGUUGCGGCCUAAACGCGACAGUGGGCUUGCUGGAAAAGUUUUGCUUGCAUACGAUAGAUAAGCUUGCGGCCAUGAUGGCUCAUGCCUUUGAUGUCGUGUCCGGUGUUAUGCCUGAGUGCUGCGGCAGAACUUUCGACCUUACGGCAGCGUACAAGCAAUUCGGUGUGUGUGCUGCUGACCGUGAAAGGCUACGCAUUGCUGUCAACAGGCCAGGCCACCACAAGCCGAGCUUCUUGGGCGUAAACGCCCUCCCCUUUGGAGGGGAUAAGUAUCGCCUUGUGGAAGAUCGGAUAGUCCUUUUCAGGCUAUUCUGGUCUGCCUUUUUCGAUGACUACAGCAUAGUUUCUGCGAAGAGCCUGGAAUCGAAUGCCCAGUGGACUGUGGAAACUUUGUUUGACCUGCUUGGUUUCCGCUUCGCCAAGGACGGCUCCAAAGCCGAACCCUUCGGAGUUAACUUCAACAUGCUCGGCCUCUCUGUUGAUCUGUCUUGUGUGAAGCAGCGGAUCCUUCGUGUGGGUCAUACUCAGAAGCGAAAGGAGGAGCUCACCGAGUACAUCCAAACCAUCCUUCAGGAAGGAAAGAUCGACUCGAAGGCGGCCGAACGCCUUAGGGGUCGUAUGGUUUUCUUCGAGGGUUUCACCUUUGGAAGGGUUUCUAACCGGGCUCAGCGAGUUGUUGCAAAGUGCGUGGAAAAGUUUGCCCCUCAGAAUCUUACUGAAGAUUUGAUGUGGGCGUUGACGUGGCUUCGUGAAAGAAUAGCCCUGAGCCAGCCUUUAGUUGUCGAGCGAAACCUCAUCACAACACUGAUCGUUUUCACUGACGGGGCUUGCAAUCCAGAGGAAGGCACGGGAGGUGUCGGAGGCGUCCUUGUGAAUGCCUCUGGUACUCCGUGCGAGUUCUUCGGUGAGGCAGUUCCAAGCGAUAUGAUGCAGCAGCUUUUGAGCAUCAGCGCAAAUCCCAUUUUCGAGCUUGAGUUGAUUCCAGCACUGAUCAGCCUUGUCAUUUGGGCAGAGCGCUUGAAAGGAGCUCAAGUGGUGUUUUAUCUUGACAAUGAUGGUGCUCGCCAUUCUCUGAUCCGAACCUUUGGCGGUGGCUCACUCGCCAAUGCUGUGAUUGAAUCUUUCCUUCAGCUUGAAACCACGUUGCAGCUGAAGACGUGGUUCGCUCGCGUACCGACUGCUUGCAACAUAGCAGACAAUCCCUCACGGCUGGAAUUUGAGCCUCUUUUAAAAAGAGGUGCUGCAAGGCGUGCUAUUCCGUGGGACCAGGUCAUGCCGUAG